AAAACACCAAAUGCUGGAUGACGCCGGUGCUGCAGCGGGGCCCGGAGGCCCCGGGGGCCCUGGAAUGGGAGGCGGCGGUGGCUUCCGCGGAGGCUUCGGCAGCGGCGUCCGGGGCCGUGGUCGCGGCCGUGGCCGAGGCCGCGGAGCUCGCGGAGGCAAGGCCGAGGACAAGGAGGAGUCUGAGAUAAUUGACUUCUCUUUGGGAGCAUCCUUCAAGGACGAGGUUUUGAAGAUUAUGCCGGUGCAAAAGCAGACCCGUGCUGGCCAGCGGACCAGGUUCAAGGCUUUUGUUGCCAUCGGGGAUUACAAUGGACAUGUCGGUCUGGGUGUUAAGUGCUCCAAGGAGGUAGCCACUGCCAUCCGUGGGGCCAUCAUCCUCGCCAAGCUCUCCAUCGUCCCCGUGCGGCGAGGCUACUUGGGGAGUAAGAUCGGCAAGCCCCACACUGUCCCUUGCAAGGUGACGGGUCGCUGUGGCUCUGUGCUGGUGCGCCUCAUCCCUGCUCCCAGGGGCACUGGCAUCGUCUCAGCCCCUGUGCCCAAGAAGCUGCUGCUGAUGGCCGGUAUUGAUGACUGCAACACCUCUGCCAGGGGCUGCACUGCCGCCCUGGGCAACUUCACCAAGGCCACCUUUGAUGCCAUCUCCAAGACCUACAGCUAUCUCACCCCUGACCUCUGGAAAGAGACCGUGUUCACCCAGUCUCCCUAUCAGGAAUUCACUAACCAUCUUGUAAAGAACCACACUAGACUCUCCGUACAGAGGACCCAGGCUCCAGCUGUGGCUACCACACAGUUUUAUACAAGAAAAAUAAAGUGAAUUAAG